AUAUUUCUGAUUUAGGGUUUCGCAAUACGGCAGCGAAACCAUGGCUUGCACCAUCGAUUUCCGAUGCCUUGAUGAAGGAUUCGGUGGCAAAACCUACAAGAGGAAACGCGAAGCUCAAUCGCAUGUCGCAACAGAAGAUGAUGAUGCAUCUAUGGAGAUCGAUGGGGACACGCUUCCUCCCGCAAAGAGGUCGGCGGUACCGUCAUCAGAGAAUCCAGAUAAGCCGGUAUUUGGAAAUCCGACGUAUGAUGGCGUGAUAGCUGGGAGAGUGUCGGGUCGGAAGUGGAAGCAGCCGAGGAAGCAGAGGGCGUCAGCGAAGCUAGUAAGCAGGAAGGGCACGACGUUUGAGGAGAGGGAGCGGGAGAAGGAGAUAAAGAGAGCUUACAGAGAGAGAAUGAACGAGUUGAAGGAUGAGAUAAAGAGGAAUAAGGUGGAGAAGAGAAGGUUAAGGGAGGAGAGAGAGAAGAAGAAGCAGGAAAACAUAUUGAGGUCUGGGACUAAGUUGCAGAAGAUUACGAAUCCCAAGACAUUGAAGAAGAUUGCCAAGUCUAAGGAUAGGAAGUUGCUCAAGGUUGUUCCUGAUGAUGUCGUUAAUAAAAACAAGACCAAGAACAAGAACUAGUUUUACUGCUUUGUGUGUUUUUUCCUGAGCAUUAGCAUUUCGCAUUGUACCAAAAUUUUGGUGUAAUAGAAGCAAAAUUUGAGAGUUUGGUGCUUAA